GGUGAAGAUAUGGAUGAGAUAGACACUAUGACACCAUCGCAGAUUUUACAGUGGGAAGAACAACAGCUUGAUGAAACUAUCAAUUUCAACAACUGCAAGAUUGACCCAGCACCUUUCCAGUUGGUGGAAAGGACAUCUCUUCAUAAAGCUCACACUAUUUUCUCAUUGCUUGGAAUGGACCAUGCAUAUGUCACCUCUAUUGGGAGACUGAUUGGGAUGGUAACAUUAAGAGAGCUCCGUAAAGCCAUAGAAGGCUCAGUGACUCAGAAGGGCGCAAAAGUACGUCCUCCCUUGGCCAGUUUUCGGGACAGCUUCACAAGUAGCAGUGAGACAGAGACUGCCAAUGUCAGCAGACUAUGGGAAAGAAGUCGACGGCACCUUCUACCCCGUGAGUCCAGCCCAUCUGACAGUGAAGACAAGUGA